GAUGGGGCUGUACAGAGGGAGGGGACACUCUUUUCAGCGAGAAGAAAAGAGGAAGGUGGAAGACGAGUGCGCCUCAGAAACAGAAGACAGAACUGAAGUACGAGACGCUUGAAAGGACGGGCUGCGCUAGAGAGGACCACACAUUUUAUACAGAUUCACAAUGAUUUUGGCAUCAAACUUCACCCUCUUCCUGAUGACCUUCAUGGUGGACAUCCUGUGGGCCGCCACUGUGAGUCCCUUAGCGUCUCAACCUUCAUUAACAAAAACUCACAUCAUCUACAUUGGAGGUGAUUAUGAUGACUACAAUGAAGAAACCCCUCAGCCCAAGCCUAACUCUAGUCUUCCUCGGUUAACCACUGCCCGAUUCACCCCACAGCAGUGUGAGUAUGACCUCUGUGUGGUGCAGGAUGUUCCCUGCUUUGAACUCUCUGCCCAGACCAAGUGCUACUGUCCUGGGCUUACAGGCCUGGAUCAGGUCCCUGAAUCCCCGCAGCUGCGGGAGUUGAAGCAGAGGGCAUCUGGGGAAGUGGAGGUCUACUGGUGCGCCCCGCUCUCUGCCAUAACGCACUACAAGGUGGUGAUGGACGACGAAGAUGGGCCAGUUUUUUCAGAGUCUUCCCGGAAUGCAACGAUCCAGGGACUGAAGUUUGGGUCCCGGGUGUGUGUUGUGGCCAUCAACAAUGCUGGGUUCAGUGUCAAGAACGACAGGUCAUGCGCUCGCUUUGAGCCACAACAGACCAGCCAGGCUGCCCUCAUGUCAGGAGUAAUCAUGGGGUGCGUUGGCUUCCUUGUACUGCUCUCAUUGGCUGCGCUGUUACUGUGGAGACGGAAAUCUUGCAAGAAAGCAGGGACUUUGGAUGGGGAGGGGCUCAGGAAUCCCUCAUACAGUGCUAGCGAGACAAUCUGAUUGGACAGGAGAGGGUCAGUAAAGAUGCAGUGAUGGACUGAAUGAAUGAUGGAGCACUGUGAUUGGCCAGUGAAAGGGGCGAGACAGUUAGGGAAUGUUUCAGGACAUUAAAGACAAGCUAACAUGGAAUAAUAAAGAGUAGACCAGAGCACUACUAAGAAGUUAAAUAAUGUGUUGCACCAUUGUGUGAAUGACUGAGCACAUGCAAAACAGGCCAAAAGUAUGGAGGCACUGGUUGCACUCUUAUGGUGUUAUUGUUUACUAGAGUUAAUUAUACCAAUUACUUCACAUUAUAAUGAUUAGUCAGCAUUAGAACCACUCCUUUAGAACUUACACCAACUUAUGCACAUAUGCAAGUCUUUAUAUAGCCUACAGGGAUAAAAGAGUGGCCUAGGUAAGAGUGGCCUAGGUAACGGAAACACAAAACACCAUCAUAACAAAACAUGUUAAAUGCAUUUAAAUGUAAUCUUUAUGCUGAGAAUAUUUACUAUCACAAAAAUGACCUGAAAACGAAACGAACUGUAGGUGAAAAAAUAAGUUUAUUAAAGGAAACGAACAAAAUCGCAAGGAAAACAGGAAAGCUCUGCCUACAGCGACUGCCAUAAAUGAUGACUGGAAGUGUAGCUUCUUUCUGCAGGCCCCCUAGUGGCCAUUUCUCAUUCAGAUAUUUUUUAAUUAAUGCAAUGAAAUAAAUAUUGUUAUCAGUUUACCUAGGACACUGUAUCACUGUGUUUGAAGCGUUGAGCUGCGAGGGAGCAAUGGGGUGCGAAAGAGGAGGAGUUAGAACUACCAGUCCACUGCUGCAAAACAGGUAGCAUUUAAUGGCUACUGUGUAAAAGGGUUGGCCAGCUCUUCAGAAGAGUGCACACCCCUAAAACACUGUAUUUGUGUUUCCAAAGUUCAGGCACUCAAUACAAAACAUGCUUAUUGACAUCCAGUUCUUCUGAAACAUUUCACUGGUUUACUGGGCUGUACUCUUACUCUACUCUAUUAUAUGGCAAAAACCUAAGCCUAAGCCUAGACUAAAGGUGAUUCAUCACAACCACAAUUUAAACUAAGACUAGGCCUAAUCCAAGUCUAGGAAACCAGACAUGGCUGUAUGAGUUAACCAAGGCUUCAGGAGCAUUGUGAAUGGUGGAUUUAGGUGGAUCUGAUUAGAACUGAAAUAAAACCCUGCCGGGCAAUCAGCCGAAGCAGAACAAAAUGAGAAGAAGAAGACUUUAAAGCCAGUUUUCACAGUUGAAGUAAUUUUAUACAGUCAGUGUUGCUUCCAAACUUUUGCCCUGUAUUGAAAAACUGCUUUAGGCCCAUCACACACCUACAGGAAGUUACUCUACAUGCUCCACAUGUUUCAAAACAGUUUUAAUAAUAAAUGUGUACCGUUUUUUUUUUUUAAUGUUUAAUUCAACUAAUGGUGCUGGAGCACCAGGGAAGCCUGGCGCUUCUUUAGGGUUUUAUAGAGUAUUAGUUGUACAGUUUGAAAGUUGUGUAGAUGCACAGAACUGUCAAUUAUGUUUUGACACAACUAACAUUUUAAGAUAAAAUUGUAUUUAACUGUGUUUGUCAGACUGAAAUGAUUUCUAUUGUGAGUUUAAAAUUUCAAUUGUGUUUUAAUUUUUUAAACUUCUUGAUUUUUUUUUUUUUAAUAAAGGAGUUAAACACUGUUAAAGUUAAAAAUAUACUGUUCAAUUCCCAGUCCAUACCGUCCACAUAUACAAACAAAGCUGCAAAAACAGCCUGUUUUAAAUUCAAUAUUUUUUUCUGGGGUCACAGACUCAUUUACAUAUAUCUGCAGUUUAGCCAUGCACAUUCACUCAGAAGUUAUAAAGAGUGUUUCACCCCAAUACACGGCAGCCAAUCACAACAGAUGUCAUUUACAUAUUGAUCAUCAGUCUUAAAGGCUGUUUAUUUUAGGGAAUAAACAGAAGAUGUAAUAAUGAUUUACGACUCAUGGGCGCUUAAAAGAGUGAGAUUUAGGUAUAGAAAUUAAUCAUGAAGUACUUCAAUAUUCAGUAGUACUGAAGUACUUUUGGUAUAAAAGUUCAUUUUGAUACCCAGCUGUAAUCUUUAUCUGAGCUUUUUUGGUGAUUGAUCUGAAAUUCUCAAGAGAAAUUAAUAGUUUUUUUUUUUCUACCUUCAUCAUUUAGGCAUCAACAUUUGCCCAUUAGUACUUAUUUCAGUACUUCAGUACCUGCUUUGCUAAUACUUCCUUUCCAAUUUCAUUAAAAAUCAUGUUACUCUA